UGACAAUAAACAAAUAAUUCUUAGGAAUACUGCCAUAAUUUCUGCAGAUCGUUCUUGUAAUUUAAUUGUAAUAAUAUGCAGUAUUUGAGAGUUCUUUCAUUAAAGAAAUAUAAUUUGUAUCAAUGUAGAUAUUUAACUAUACAUUCACCAGUUUGUGCGCACAAAUGGUUUCCAGACGCAGAAUUCAUCAAGCAAUUCUCCGGCCCUGUGAUAUUUCGCACUGAUACUACCGAUAAGUAUUAUAAGAUGAUAUACAAUUCACAAAUGAGACCGGUUGAACGAAAGCUGAAAAAUAUGUGGAUUAAUUUUGGACCACAACACCCUGCUGCUCAUGGUGUACUUCGUCUUAUCUUAGAAUUGGACGGCGAAACUGUGGUCAGGGCAGAUCCUCAUAUAGGUUUUCUUCAUAGAGCUACGGAAAAACUAAUGGAACAUAAACAUUAUAACCAAAGUCUACCUUUUAUGGAUCGUCUAGAUUACGUUUCAACAAUAGCAAAUGAGCAAGGCUUUGCACUAGCUGUUGAGACUUUAUUAAACAUCGAAGCUCCUCCCAGAGCAAAAGCUAUUCGAGUUUUAUGUAGUGAGUUAUGCCGAAUCGCAAAUCAUUUAUUGAAUAUUUCUGGAACAAUUCUAGAUGCUGGUGGAAUUACUCCCUUUUUUUGGAUGUGUGAAGAACGAGAAAAGAUCUAUGAAUUAUUUGAGAGACUUUGUGGCGCGCGUGUUCAUUGCGCAUACUUGCGACCUGGUGGUGUUUCUCAAGACCUACCUAUUGGCUUUUUGGAUGAUGUACAUGAAUUGUGUAUGAAAUUGGGUGAGCGGUGCGAUGAGACAGAAGACGUCGCUACAGGAAAUAGGCUGUACUAUGCGCGGACUGCUGGAAUCGGUGUCGUCAGUGCGCAUGAAGCUAUAAAUUUAGGUUUCACAGGUCCUAUGUUGCGAUGUACCGGUGUUAAAUGGGACCUGAGGAUAACCCAACCAUAUGAUGGAUAUGAUUUAUAUGACUUUGAUGUUGUCGUUGGUACCUUUGGUGAUAGUUAUGAUCGACAUUUGCUACGUUUAGAAGAAUUAAGGCAAUCAUUAAGAAUAAUAAAUCAAGUUAUAGAUACUAUUCCGGAAGGUGAAAUAAGAACAGAUGAUUCCAAAAUAUGCCUCCCAACUAGAAUUGAGAUGAAAACAUCUAUGGAAUCGCUUAUACAUCAUUUUAAAUUAUGUACCGAAGGAUAUCGCGUUCCACCUGGAGCUACAUAUACAGCAGUAGAAUGUCCAAAAGGUGAAUUAGGUUUGUAUAUGGUCGCUGAUGGCUCGUCUAAACCUUACAGGGUACACAUAAGACCUUGCUCAUACACUCAUGUUCUUGGACUUUCUGUACUGGGACCGAAAUUGAUGCUUGCCGAUAUAGCAAUAUUGAUUGCCACAAUAGAUAUUGUUUUUGGUGAUAUAGAUCGUUAAUAAAAUUACCUACGAAAUUAAUUUAUAUUAGGUACUUAAUAAUUUUACAGGGUAACUAAUAAAAAAUUCGAAACUAUACAUAAUUGAUUU